CCCUUUUCCUUCCCUCUUUCCCUUUCUCCUUUCUGCUCCUGAACCUGCCGCUCCGCCUGGGAGCGGCGGACGGGGCCAAGUCCACCCGGACCCCGCUGAGGCCCGGGGCCUCAGUCCUUGGCGGUAGCGACAUGCGUCUCCUGUUCCUGGCCGUGCUGCGGCCACACACCGGCAACGCGAUCACCGCCGAGCGCCUGCGGGACCACCUAGAAGCUGCAGGCCACAUGUGUGUUCUGAGAGAUGCCUUUGACUUUGAAAGCCCAUCUGAUGUUGCUGAGCUCAUUGCAGCCGAGAACCUGGAAGCAGCGCUAGCCCUUCACCUCUACCGAGGAGGCAGACUUCUGCAAGGUCACGGCAUUCCUUUUGGGGUCAUCUUUGGUGGAACUGAUUUAAAUGAAGAUGCCAAUCAUAAAGAAAAAAAUGAAGUCAUGGGGAAGGUUCUGGAAGAAGCCAGGUUUGCCGUGGCUUUCACAGAGGCAAUGAAGGACACAGCGCAGAUGCAGUGGCCACAUGCUACUGGGAAGAUCUUUGUCCAGAGUCAAGGAAUUGCAACGAUACCAAAUGUCAACUUUAACUGGAACACCUUCCUCCAACAAUCAGAGAUUGACCAAAAUGCAGACAACCUGUACGUGUUCCUGGUAAUAUGUGGACUCAGGCCCGUGAAGGACCCUCUGUACUUGGUAGACGCGUUCUCAGAAUGGCAUCAAGAAGAGCCCAAUGUUUACAUGCUGAUUGUAGGUCCUGAGGUGGAUCCAGCGUUUACCAGGGAAGUGAAAGACCGGGUGAGGAGGGCUGCAGGGGUGCGGCUGAUCCGGGAGAUGUGUCAGGAGGACCUGCACGCGGUGGUGAAGAGCUGCUUCGCGCUGGUCAACAGCUCAGUCUCCGAGGGCAUGUCAGCCGCCAUCCUGGAGGCGAUGGAUUUGGAAGUUCCCGUGCUGGCUAGGAACAUCCCUGGGAACUCGGCUGUGGUAGAGCACGGAGUUACGGGACUGCUGUUCACAACCCCUCAGGAGUUCAUUCAGUUGGCAAAGAGACUGGUCAGUGAUCCCGUGCUGGAGAAGGAAAUCGUGACCAAUGGAAGGGAGUACGUGAGGACAUACCACUCCUGGCAAGUGGAGAGAGACACUUACCAGCGCCUCAUCGGGAAGCUGGAGGCCAGCUUGGAGGAUUAAACGGUUGAAGUCUGUGCUUCCCACGUCUGUCCCAAUAACCGUUGGGUACUCAGCUCUGGGUAGAUGCUGAAAGAUGGGACCCAGUCCUGGACCGCUGAAAUCCCUGAGUUUCCAGCAACAUCUCCACCCCCAACUCUCAUGUGUGGCAGACACAGUUUCAAAAGUGUUUACAGCUCCAUCCCGGAUGGGCUUGUAGCUCACUCCUAAGAGCACUUAGGGUUCAGUCACAGAUGUGCUUACAGCUCAGUGCAGGUGAUGGAGGUGCAUCUCAGGGGCUUCUGGGAGAGUCUUCCGAGAACUGCUUUUACAACCUGUCGCCUGCCUUCAGAGUGACCUUUGCCUGUCAUUGCCAGUUCACAAAGAAGAAACGGAAAAGCCAGGACUGUCAACUGAGUGAAACUGGCAGCAUUUUUGAUAAGAUCCUGAUCUGCAGCCCAUCUCGGGGUCCUGAUGGACAUGUGGGGGGCCCAGGAUGUGACUGGCAUGCUAAUAAAUCCUAGAGAGGCUGUGAAAGAGUUUUAUCAGAACAUAUUGCUCCUCAUGGGUGCAGCUGAGGGACACUUGCCAAAAGAGGCCCGCAGGUCCCGCCCACCUGUAUCACAUCACAGGGAGCCUGGAAGAUGAUUGGAUGGCCCCCAGGAUGGAGGCUAGGACCUUGAAUUCAGCCUGGGCCCUCUUCCCUCUUGCCUAGGGAACUGAGGGCAAGUGCUGACUAAGCCACAAGACUCCAGACAAUGGUGGGACCCCAGACCGUGACUGGAGGUCCCUGGGGUGUGGGGAGGUCAGCCUGGGGUCUUUCAAUGGGAUCUCCCCACAUCAGCACGCCGUGCUUCCAGUGCCCUGUUGCCAAAUUCCAGCUGGGCUGCGCUACGGUAAACAGGAUAUGGAAUGACCACCUGUCCUAAAGGGAGCAGCUAGGAGGAGGAGGGAGGAACAAUGCAGCCAAGAGCCACACAUGCAAAGAAAGUGCCAGACUCUGGAGGGGCACGGUGUGUGUGUGUGGGGGGGGGGAGGACUCGGCACCUGGACUGUCCUCUUUCCAACUUUGAAGGCACAUCCUGGGCCUUUUGCUUUUCUACAGGCAAAGAAAAAAAGAAAAAGAAACAAACAAAGAAAGAAAGGCUAGCAGUCACAUCUCAUUCUAGGAGAAGUGGACUAGAAGGAAGCAAACUUUGUAAGCCAGUGCUUCGGGGCUGAGACCAGAGCCCCAUUCUCUAGGGUAUAAUCCGGCUCCCCAUUUCCAUACCUCAGACCCUGCACAGUCACUUUCAUGAAGGCUCCAGCAGAGGCAGUGGCAAUUCCGUAGUCCCUGAGUGCCUAGCGUCUGGAGGCCAGCUGAGCAAUGUGCCCACUUCCUUGGCCCCUGACUUGAGCUGGGGUCCUACCUCUCUGGGCACAAGGAGAGGGAGGGAGUAAAGAAGCCUGAAUCCUGUGGGCAGUUCCUCUGAGCCCAGAGUUCCCGCCCACCUCAGGAGAGGUACACAGAGGUGUCAUUGUUUACAAAGUGGGAUGCUCUGGAAAGCAGGCCUCUCCUUUGCCCAGUGUGGAUAUCACUGCCUGACCUCCGUCAUGCCAGCAUCACUGAGUUACAUCUGCCAUGUGCACUUUGGGGAAGGGAAGGGUCUUAAUUAAUAAAGCUUGUCACCAUCAGGCAUACAAAAACAGCCGCUGUUUAUUCAU